ACUCUUUUUAUUUGGUUGGACUAAUUAGAAAUAAAGUGGUACACAUCUAAUCCUUAAUCCUUCGUUAAGGAAGAAACUAACGACUUCGUGACAGAUUUUCUCAAAGGUGCACAUGUAUCUCAGUAACUGAAUCAUUCAUCUCAGUUGAUAAAAGAGAAACUUCACUGAAUCAAGCUAAAAUAAGAAAGAGGAAAUAUCUGUAUGGAAGAAAAUAUGGAUAGUGAUCAUCUUUACCAAAUGUACAAACGUUCUAAUGAAGAACAGGAUGUAAGUAAUGAGAAGUUUCUAUGGCAGGUUAGAAACUGUGAUACAGCAGAAAGCAGUUUUCAGAGCUUGAGAAUCAAUGAUUUGGACCCAUCUGGGAUUUCAUCAUUCCAAUUGGGAAAUUUGAGUACUAGUUGUUGCUCACUGGUUUGUAAACCAGCUGUUACCACAGACAACAGAUACUUGUUACUUCACAAAGUAACUCAGUCCUGGCCUUCCCCUGCCUUGUGUUUUGUGGAGACAGCGCCUCAAGAUUCACAAAGUUCUCAUAUUACAGCUUUUAAUUCAGGCGACGGAUCCUCGCAGUCAGAUAAUGAGUCAACUUCGUCUAAGACCAUAAGGGAUGUUCAUAUUUCAAUGCGGUUAAUGGAAGACUUUCUUGAUCUUGCUAAAGAAAAUACAGAAAAGGAUCUGGAAACUUGUGGUAUACUUGGUGCUUAUCUUGAGAAGGGAACCCUCUAUAUGACUACUUUAAUCAUACCAAAGCAGGAAUCAGCUUCCAAUUCUUGUCAAGCUACAAAUGAGGAGGAAGUAUUCAAAAUUCUAAAUGAAAGAUCCCUUUAUCCUGUGGGAUGGAUCCAUGUAUGUCUUCCUAACUCCUUUGCAAUGACACAUCCGUCUCAAAGUUGUUUCAUGUCAUCGGUGGAUCUGCACACUCAAUAUUCCUACCAGAUGAUGAUUCCCGAGGCAUUUGCCAUUGUUUUGGCACCGAAGGAUACCUUAAGUGAUAUGUCCAGGAGCUGUGGACUAUUUCGCCUAACUGACCCUGAAGGAAUGGAUAUUCUGAAAAAUUGUCAGGAGACAGGAUUUCAUCCACACAAAGAACCAGACAGUGGCAACCCUGUGUAUGAGCACUGCUCCAAUGUGUACAAAAACUCCAAUCUAAGGUUUGAAAUCUUUGAUUUACGGUAAAAAUGACUUUGAUGACAUCACAGUACACUGUAUCAUAUGACAGAUACAAGUAUAAUUACAAAAGGCAUGUCCUAGUCAUACACCUGAAAGAAAAAUGCUGAUAUGCAACAGUUGUAAUGUUUGGUUUAAUGUAAUAAGGUAGGUUUAGUACUUUUCCCUUUUGGACGAAUAAACUAACUGCAUCAUUGAAUUUUAACUCAGAAAAAUUUAUUUCA